UCUCUCCUCUCCCAAAUGGCCAAGGUUCAUCCCCUCAUAAUACCCAAUACUACUGAUGAGGCUUCUUCUGCUACUGGUUUUGAUUCUUGUUCUAAUAAUAAAUAUAUAACUUCAAAGCGAGAAACAUUCACUAUAUGGAUGAAAUCGCUUGUGAUGCAAGGAAGCGGAUGCACUGCGUUUGAUGAGAAUGGAGAGAUUGUGUAUCGAAUCGAUAACUACGACAACAAGCACAGCAGUGAAGUUUAUCUCAUGGAUCUCCAAGGAAAACUUCUCUUCACCUUGUGUGAGAUGAAAAUGUGUGUUUUUCCAAGUUGGAAGGGCUACAAAAGCAGUGGUGACAAUAACAAUAAGCCAUGGUUUCAAGUGAGAAAAAGUUGCAGAUCAAUUCUUGGAAAGAAAGGGCUUUCCUAUAAAGUAACCAUAAGAUCUGAUAGCAGCUGUUACAGGUUAGAGAGUUUGAGUGGUAAAUCAUCAGAAUUCAGAGUGACAGACAGCAAUGGAGGAGUUGUAGCAGAGGCAAAGAGAAAGCAGUCAAGUUCAGGGGUAGUUUUGGGAGAUGAUGUGUUCACUUUGGUGGUGGAGCCUCAUGUUGACCACUCCUUUAUCAUGGCUCUUGUCACUAUUUAUGGCUUAAUUAGACAUCAAAUAUGACUUAGAGUUAGCUGUAUCAAGUAUACAUAUACAUACUUGUAGCAAAUAGUGGCGUGUAAAAUGAAAUCAAAACAUAAAUUAUUUUUUUACCCAUAUUUCAUGUUCUUGUAGUUUUCAAUAUGAAAUCAUCUUAACUCC